AUGAGUUUGCCAUUUUUACAAAAGUUAGCCAUAUUCUUUUUUUACGCGGUUAGCCUGUACGGAGGUGCAAAGUCAAAAAGAGCUACUUACGAUGCCCCUUCAGAUUCCUCUUACAAGCCAUACAAUUCCUACUCUUCCUAUUCGUCAUCGGAUGAUUCUUACUCUUCUGUUCCAUAUUCUGCACCUUACUCAUCUGAUGACUCUAAUUCUUAUGGCGGUAACUAUCCACCUUCUCCUUCUUAUUCUAGAGGCUACGAUAACUACGAUAGUUCCAACAGUUAUGGUAGUGACUAUUCUCCUAUUUCCUAUGGUUCCUCUAAUAAAUAUGGUUCCAACAGUUAUGGUUCAUCUAAUAAAUAUGGUUCCAACAGUUAUGGUUCAAACAAAUAUGGCAGUGACGAUUAUGAUUCAAACAAGUACAAAGGGGACAGAUAUGCGAAUAAUUAUGGCGUAUCCUCGAGAAAAUAUGAUGGGUAUAGUGAUGAUUCUUAUAACAAACAAAGUGGAUAUGGGCAAGGAUAUAAGCAAGGUGGAUAUGGACAUGGUGGUUAUGGGGAGCAAUCUUAUUACUCUCCCUCUUAUGGUGGCCAAGGGUCUUACGGGAGAAAUAGUGGGAGCAAAAAUUCCUAUGGCAACAACGACUACUAA